UGGCGACCUUCUACGACGAAUUUUAAGGAAUUUUGGCAAACUCCUCGGUCCAGCCAUACGACGAUAUACAGGUGAGCCACGAGGGAAAACCUACAUAACAUAUGUCUGCAAUGGAAUACAUGCCAUAUCCAAUUGUGAAAAAUUCAUUGGAGUAAAUAAUUUUCGUGUUCUACCUUACCAACGGAGGCAAAUUUCUAAUAUCAAUUAUGAAGCUAAACUCAGUUCUGAUAACAUAAUAAGCAGUCCGUUCGAGGAUAUACAUGUUACUAAGGAAUUGGUUCAUGAAAGAAUCUGGAGGAAUUUUCAUAAAUGGGCUAAUAAAACAGCCUUGAUAUGUGCAGAAACCGGUCGAAGCUACACUUACGAGCAGUUAAGAAAAUUAAGUGGAAGAUUUGCGAAGUCUUUGAGAAAGAAAUUUUUACCAGGCGACACGAUAGCCAUUGCGGCAACAAACGUUCCCGAAUAUGCUAUUAUUACACUAGGUGCGAGUGAGGCUGGUCUCAAAGUCUCCUUAAUCAACGUGAACUAUACGCCCUAUGAAAUAAACAACCAGCUUUUAAAUUCCGAAGCUCUUGCGGUUUUCACGGUCCCAUCCAAAUACGCAGAUGUCAAGGCAGCCCUGGAAAAUAAUUCCAAUAUCAAAAUGCCACCUAUUGUUAUCAGUGAUGGCGACGACUUACCUAGCGGAUGCUUGAAAUUCGAUGAUAUGAUAGCAGACGGUAUUGAUGAUUUUGAGAAAAUUGAGAAAACUGGUGUAGGUUAUCAGGACACCAUUUUUCUACCAUACUCAAGCGGUACCACGGGCUUACCAAAGGGCGUCGAAAUAUCGCACAAAAAUAUUGUUUCCUGUAUAGGACAAAUGAGUCACGAGGCAAUAAAUCCUACGAUAGAAGCGACGAAAUCAUAUCAGGAUAUCAUUCCUGUAAUUCUACCAAUGUUUCAUAUUUUUGCACUGACACUUUGCGUGUGCAAAGGCUUAUGUUAUGGCGCCAAGCUGGUAUGCGUACCACGAUUUUCCACGGAGCGUUUCCUUCAGGUGUUACACAAAUCACGUCCCACCUUGAUCUACGUGGCUCCGCCGAUUAUGCAGUUCUUGGCCUAUAAUGAUAAAGUAACUAGAAGUCAUUUGGAGUCUCUCAGGGUAAUAAUAUCCGGCGCCGCAUCCCUCAGCAACGAGUGUAUCAAAAGGUUUCAGAAUCGCGCGCCAUCAGACCUGGCAAUAGCCCAAGGGUACGGCCUCACCGAGACCUCGCCAACACUCACCCUGAGGAAAGAUUCGUAUCAGGAUAUAAAUUCAACGGGUUUUAUUAUACCGAACACACAAUUCAGAAUUGUUGAAUAUCAGAAAAAGAAACUUGGUUGUAAUUUGGGCUUUGAUGAGGUAGGAGAAAUAUAUGUGAGGGGACCUCAGAUUAUGAAAGGUUAUUACAAGAACCCUAAGGCUACUGCUGAAAGCAUGGAUGGUGACUGGUUCAAAACUGGCGAUCUCGGAUUCGUGAAGAAUGACGGCGCUGUGUUUAUAACUGGUCGGCUAAAGGAAUUAAUCAAGGUCAAAGGGUUACAAGUCUCACCAUUGGAACUUGAGGAAGUUCUACAAACUCAUGAAAAUAUCACUGACGUUGCCGUGAUCGGUGUGGAGAACGAUCGCUUUGGCGAGAUUCCUAUGGCAUUUGUGGUAUCCAAACCAGGGAGUAAAAUUAGCGAAGAUGAUAUCAAGGAUUUUGUAGCUCAGCGACUUACUAAGCAUAAACAUCUGGGACAUGUAAAAUUUGUACAGCAAAUACCAAAAAGUAGUGCUGGCAAAAUCCUCAGAAAAGAACUAAGACGCAUAGCAACAUGAAUACUGUACCAAAUAAAAAAUGCCAUGAAUUGAUGAUCUACUUCUUCGAUUCCUCAGAAGCUGCAGUGGAAGACACUUUCUCCUUUUCCAAAAGAGAACUAACUAUUCCAACUUUCUUAAGCUCUUUGAUUAACUCGCCAUUUUGAUGCAUUUGGAGCAUUAUGUCGCAGCCCCCUACAAAUUCACCAUUUAUGAAUACUUGUGGUAUCGUUGGCCAAUUCGUAAAGUCCUUUAUACCUUAAAAUAUAAUAGAAAUGGUUGUUGACAUUUUGAAACAGCUCUUAAAUAUAUUUUUUUAUUACUCACUAUA